AUUGAUACUUUUUUCGCCUUUCCAAUUAUUAUAUGCUUUCUGAAUCUCGACAGGGAUAUCCCCUUAUCCGUCCCGCUGUCAUGCACCUUUAAUCACUUUAUGCUUUCUUGUUUGUCGGAUUCGAGUCCAUAAUUGAGUUUUUGAUCGGUGGCUGUCCACAGAUUUUUCACUCUCUCUAUUUGAUUAUAAACCUUACAACAGUAUCUGGGUUUUUUCGCGUUAAGGGUUUCCUUUCGAAUGCAUGUUCGCCAUUCUCCAUGGAAGAGAGUAGUCAUCUUCAUGGGCAGAUUAUUGAGAUAAGUGGUGAAGUUUCUGGUGGGGAGAGGAGCGUUGGAGGGAGCAAACUAUGUGGAGAAGCUCCUUGUGGAUUCUCAGAUGCUGUAACCAUCACCAAGGAUGCAAAAGAACGGGCAGCUUCCAUGAGGAAGCUUUUCAUUGCAGUUGCACUCUGUGUUGUCUUCAUGGGCGUUGAAGUAGCUGGAGGCAUCAAAGCCAACAGUCUUGCCAUUUUGACUGAUGCCGCACAUUUGCUCUCAGACGUUGCAGCAUUUGCUAUCUCAUUGUUUUCUUUGUGGGCAGCAGGCUGGGAAGCAACCCCUCGUCAGACUUAUGGGUUCUUUCGGAUAGAGAUUCUUGGUGCUUUGGUUUCCAUCCAGCUCAUAUGGCUGCUCGCUGGGAUUCUAGUGUAUGAAGCCAUUCUAAGGCUUAUUAACGACACGGGAGAAGUCAAUGGCUUCCUUAUGUUUCUUGUUGCUGCUUUUGGUCUUCUGGUAAAUAUAGCCAUGGCCGUCUUGUUGGGUCAUGACCACGGCCAUGGGGGACAUGAUCAUGGUCAUGGUCACAGUCAUGUGGGGCAUGGUCACGGUCACGGUCACGGUCACGGUCACGGUCACAGUCACAGCCACAGCCACGAUGAUCAUGAUCAUAACAGCCACGGUCACAGGCAUGGGGUGCGCAUUACCACUCAUCCCUUUAGUCAUGAGGAGCACCCAAGAGACGAGGAGCAUGGCCAUGCUCAUGAGGAAGAUUUGGUUGAACCACUGCUGAAGCAAAAUUCCCAUGACAAAAACAAACCAAGGAGUGAGAAAGAAGAAAAGGAAAAACGUAACAUCAACAUACAAGGAGCUUAUCUCCAUGUACUGGGGGAUUCCAUUCAGAGCGUUGGAGUCAUGAUUGGGGGAGCCUUGAUAUGGUAUAAACCAAAUUGGAAAAUUAUUGAUCUGGUUUGCACCCUCAUAUUUUCCGUCAUUGUGCUGGGGACAACUAUCAAAAUGAUUCGGAACAUACUGGAGGUAUUGAUGGAGAGCACGCCUCGGGAGAUUGACGCUACAAAGCUAGAGAAAGGUUUAUGUGAAAUGGAUGAAGUGGUCGCUGUACACGAGCUGCAUAUUUGGGCCAUUACAGUGGGAAAGAUUCUGUUGGCUUGCCAUGUCAAAAUAAAGCCCGAAGCGGAUGCGGACAUGGUGCUAGACAAAGUGAUCGAUUAUAUUAGGAGGGAGUAUAAUAUUAGUCAUGUGACUAUACAGAUAGAGCGUUAGUACUCUUCAGUGGAAAGAGAUUUGAGCUUUUAAUCUUGUUACUAUGACUAUUGUUGCAUUCUAUUUCCUUUAGUUGCUCAGUUUACUAUGUUUAUCUUAGUGAAGCUGAAAGUGGCAUUGUUGCUUUUAUUGGAAAGAGAUUAUUGAGUUUCCUGGUU